AUGCAAAGAGACGGAAAAACGUUUGAUGGUAUUUGUCCCAACCAAGAUAAAGUGCUUGUGCCAAGAAGCAGCAGUCCCGUCACUGUGUAUGUUGAGUUUCCAUGUAUCAUCGAACAAGCUUUCUCAACAAUUGCAUGGGAUGAUUUGGAAGAGGGUGUGCCCUCUAUGAGACAGGAGAGACACUCCCUCGGCUGUCAGGAAUUGGAUGCAAAUGACCAGGAUUUUGGAGAAUAUGGGCUGGAUUUCAUGGCAGCUUCGCCUACAACCCUGGAGAGCAGUUUGUCUUCAGCUGAGCUGGUACCUUAUCAAGGAUAUGUUAUACCUCCCCUCACCCCUCAGCACAACCUUUCACCAGAAGACAGUCUGGUUAACUCAUCUGCAGAAACAGGCAACCCACCUGCCCAGGAUGGAGAUUCCUGGAAAGGGAUAGCAGAGUGUCAUGGAAAGGCACUGGGACAUAGCAUAGCAGUCAACAAACAGCUCCAUGAGUCCCUCCAAAGUCAACAAGACGAGAUUGAUUCUCUUGAAGAAAGAAACGUUCACCUCAGGCAGCUGGCUAAUCGAGCAAAGCACCUAGCCUCUGUGCUUGAAAAAUUGAUGACAGUCAGAGACUCAAAUGUAAAAGAACCAGUAAUGCCUUAUGGUGGUGAUAAAACCUCACUGAGUCCUUGUAAGCGCCAGCGACUGGAUGAAGGAUAUGAAACUGAAUCCUCUGACUCAGUGGAGGACAUGUUGAGGGAUAUUAGCACACGCUGCAAUGCUGUACUUCACAGCAGCUCUACAGAAACAAGGCUGCAACAGGAAUCAAAGACAAUAUCCAUGUAUGGUGCAUUCUCAGGCCUGCAGACAUCCAUAGCUAAAGACAGCAACAUGACUGUGGAUGCAGCAGAAGCUGGAGAGAGUGUCUCAUCUUUUAGGACCUCUGUCAGAGAACACAGCACUAUAAGAACUCAGGUCUUUCCUCACGGACAUGCCUUUACCUCAAGGACUCAGCAAGGAGGAUACCGCUUUCGCUGGGUUCCCAAACAAAGCUGA